AUGUGCUACUAUUUCUUAAGGAUAUCAAACUGCUGCCGAAGACACCCCACAGCCAGACUCAACCUCAUCGUCGCCGUUGCAUGUUUUGUGUACUUCGUUUUUGCACUUCACCAAGUGCACUCAGUGCACACUCCGGACGGCAGGCCCGACCAGUCCCAACGGUACCGGACCGGGAGAGGGGUAUACUCUGUGCUUCACGAUGACCCGCUCGCAGCACCCGAACCUCCAACGGGACAGAACACAGGAGUAUUGCCUGACUUGGAGUCACACCCAACGAGAUCUAACGUAGUCUAUAUUACGUUAAGAACAAAACGCCUAAAGCCAGCUAUUAUAAGGGGCACAGUGCGACCCAAAGUGAGAAGAAAAGGAGGCAAGAGAGCGAAGUACUGGGAACCGAAUCCACUGGAAACCACAAUUGACAAAGCGGGACAGGUCGAAAGAGGAGAAAAGCGUGAUGACGAUAACGACGUGGCUUGGAGCCAAAUUGGAAACAUGGGAUUUAACAGCAUACUAAUACACAAGUUGAAUACAGUGGAUACCAUAAGUUCUAUUAGGAUUUAUAGCGAAAAGGCGCCGCCUUGGUUAACCAGAAAUGACAUUGAUGCUAUGCGCUUUCUUGCCGAGAGUGCGAUUACGCGCAUCGGAAAAGUGCAGUUGCCAGAAUCACAGCCUUUGUUGCUCUUCGAAAGCACGGCCGAAAGGUCCCCCGAUGACCAGUUAUGCCGGGGUCGUUGUGGUGUCAUCAAACGAAGUAUUGACAUGUGUGAAGUAUUUGCUUUUCAUCUGGACAGGGUAUUGAAUCUCAACAUGAGCUUACCAGCAGUUGGCAGGCGAUUUCAGUACCUUGAAGACCUGCCCUGCCCAGUGGUGCUGUGGGACCCCUCCCUCAGCGCUGUGAGCAACUCCACCCCCCCGACCCCCCCUCUGACCUGGGGCUCCUACCAGCGCCUCCUCAAGCACCGCUGCUGGAUCAAGGGGCUCCCCCCAAAACCAGAGUGGGGGUGCACCGACAUACAUCACUACGAGUGGGGCAAACUGGCCCUCUUUGACUUCCUGCUGCAGGUGGACGCACGUCUGGACAAGGGCUGCUGCGGGUUCAGGCCGCGGCCGGAGGACUCGUGUGUGCAGCUGGGUCACCACCAGAAAUGUGCCGACCCCGACGGUGUUGAACUGGCCCACAUUGUCCACCGCAAGCACGACCGCCGGCACAUAGUGUUAGUCAACAACAAGGGCUUCUUUGACCGAGACGUGGACAACCUGGACUACAGGCUGCUGGUGGGAAUCAAGGAGUUCCCAGAGCAGGCGGUGUCAGUGUUGCAAGGGCACCGUUUGAGGGAGCGGCUGCUGCAGUCUCUGUUCCUGGAUCAGGUGUACUGGGACAGCCAGGGCGGCCGGCGGGGCAUCGACAAACUCAUCGACGUGAUCGAACGCCGCGCCAACAUACUGCUCACCUACAUCAACGCACAUGGGAUUAAAGUCAUCCCAAUGAAAGAUGGGUCCUUUGAGCUGGAGGCCACUGGGGCGCCUGUGCUCCUGUCUUCAAAAUGAGCCCAUGUGUGACUGAACGCACCCUGUUGUGUGACUGAACGCACCCUGUUAGCCCAGGUUUCUGUGUCACAUGACAGCGCCAUGGCUGAUUUGAACUGUGGCCAUAUGGUUAGUGGAAGUGUCCCUUCAUAUGUUUAGUUGAAGUGUCCCUUUGAGUUCUGAGCCACGGAGAGCUUGUUUCUCAAUUCUGAGCAACAACUGGCGCUGCCAGCCUCUUAUGAACAUGAACAGUUGAGCAUGGACCAACAUGAAGUUAAGCAGAAAUUACAGCCAAGUGUUUUGCUAUUGUAACUUAAAAUAUCAGUUAAAUGUCUCUAUAUUUUUGUCAUAAG